AUGAUUUUCUUGGGUGAAGUCCUAUGUAUUCUUGUGAUUCAUUUGAUUACCAACAAACCUUCUAUGUUUGAUCGAUCUAUGCGUGAUGCUGUCAAUAACAACAGUUAUGGUGACUAUAAUGAAUGGGCUGCUCCACGUACUUCCACUUGGUCUUGGUCUGCCGCUUGGUUUAUCCUGCCUAGUGCAUGUGACUUGAUUGCUACUACACUUAUGAACUUGGGUUUGAUCUAUACAACGCCCUCUAUCUAUCAAAUGAUGAAGAGCAGUAUUGUUGGUUUCUCUGCUAUUUUCAGUUGUCUCUUCUUAUCCCGUAAAUUCUUACGUAAAGAAUGGGUUUCAAUCGCUUUUAUUUUGUUAGGUACGACCGUCAUUGUCGGAUCGUGUAUCUACGGAGAACAAGGCUAUUUAGGCCCCGUUUUGUUAGUGGUUGCCCAACUCUUUGUGGCAGGUCAGUUCAUUCUGGAAGAAUAUUUGAUGGAUCGUUAUCAUUUGGAUCCUGUUCGUGCUAUGGGAAUUGAAGGUAUCUUUGGCACUCUGCUACUCAGUGGUGCUUUGGCUAUUACUUGCUUCUUUGGUCAUGGUUCAUUUGAUAUCACACAAGGUAUUCAAGAUGUGAUUCAUACAUCUAUUCUUUGGCAAACUUCUCUUUUGUUGGCGUUGAUGGUGGCUAUCUUUAACUUCUUUGGCUUGGCAGUGAGCACUAGCAUUGGUGUACCUGGUCGUAGUCUCAUUGAUACUUUAAGAACCAUUUUGACUUGGGUCAUUGCUGUUCACUAUAACUGGGAUUCUUUCUCUUGGAUUGAACUUGUUGGUUUCUCUGUACUUGUAUUUGGCGUCUUUGUCUUUAAUGGUGUCUUUUCAAGUGUUAAAUCCAAUGUGAUGGGAGAAACGACACCUCUUUUGUCUUAA